AUGCUUGUCUCGGACGAUCACGAUGAAAACGGGCCUUCCCCACCGAGCUCUACCGACCUGCUUAGGAGUCUUCAAAGCCGUGCCAGCGCCUUGCUACGGGAAUUUCAAUUAUAUCAGACCCACCUCAAGGCGCGAGGAAAACAACAGCAAGUAGAAACUCGAGCGUUCAAACGAGGAAUCGAGUCAGAGGUGAAGAUCUUGGAAAAGAUAGCACGCGUGUUUACAACUUCCAACAACAACAUUCUGAGUACUGUCGGCCGUCCGAUCCAGCAAAAUGAGGAAACUCCACAACUACACGCGCUGAGAAGCUCUAACCUGCCCUUUUACGAAGCUGUUUGGCAUACCGCAAAAUCAUGCCGUCAUAUUACUGCGCUGGGCAAGAAAAUGUAUUUUGCAGGAAAGCACAGCGCUGCAGAUGGAAAAAGUCGGAGGGAGAAAAUGGUAAGCCGGACAGAAGUUUUGAGGGAUGCACAAAAGAAAGAGACUCUGGUGGACAUCAUUGCUGACAAUGGAUUGCAAUGGAUCAAAAUCUCGACUUUGACGGAGAAACGCCUCCUUUUCGAGAUGGCCAAGGAAGGCUGGGAAAAGUACGGAGAUUUUGAUGACGAUAGCGACACGGAAGACGCACAUGUCCCUGAGAUUGACAAUGAUGGCAUGAGGACAAGUAAACUUGAACUUGUGCGACUUGCCGAGGAUCUGAAGAUCGCAGCCCAAGAAGUCAGAGUUCAAUUUCGGCACCCACAGAUUCGAUUUGUCUUACCAAAAAUUCGCGAAGGUAUCAUCCCCGAUGUGGAUGCUUUUCUUGCCGACCUACGCGCAACUGGCGCUGUUGUCGAAUGCAAUAUGGAUAUCUGUAUACUCAGUGAGGGUCGGCAGCUUGAUCUUGACAACAUGACGCCCACCGCGCCGACUGUGCCUUUGACCAGCACCAUCAACAUCGAUUGUACGAUACUGCUGGCAUUGAUCUCUGACAUAUCACAUUUCCCAAGGCAGCAACUAUUGUCAGCCUCUGUCCACAAAUCUGAGACUUAUCACAAGGCGAUUGUGAACCAAAUCGAAUCUGAAAUAUCCUCACCAAUGCUACCUGACAACAUAUAUCUCCUCCUUGCCGCACGAGACUUAGAAUGUACUCCACAUGCUGCUCAGCGGAUGCGAGAGAUAGUUCACUGCAUGGGGACACCGAGUGAGUUGAGCCGGGCCGAGAUCCUCUUGGGCGAGGGACAACACAGAGAUCAAUCGCCUUCGACCCUGAGGCAAGCCUUUAGUAAACUAUCAAUGCACGCUGUCCCGACAGAGAUACGAUUCCCCGUCAAAGUGAUCGACUUUGAUGUGAAUGAGCUCUUUGACCCGAAUUCCGCCUCAGUGGCGCUGGCUAUUGAAUCAAGCAGACCCUUUCCUACUUCCGUCGCUGCCCGGGUGAAGGACAGGUCGCGGCUUACUCCUAUCAACGCUUCAGUCUUCUUUUAUGGCUGGGUUAGCCAGAUUGUGACACUAACAAGCAAUCGCGCAGUGGCAACCGAGCUUUUCAAGACCAUCAAUGACAUUCUGGAUUGUGAUGAUGGGCAAGAGCAAGGACAUCAGGGGGACGCGGAGUUUCCGGGCCCACUCAUAUUAUGUUGUGAGACGGCGAGAAGCUUGAUAGGGAAAACGAAAUUCAAGUGA